AUGACAAAACGUCGGCCGAAAAACAAAAAACCAACAGGUUUAAAUCGUUUUUUGGGGAAUUGUUUAUUAAAUGAACGUGAAAAAUUGCGUCAACAGUGUCGGAAAGCACAAGAAGCCUGUAAUGUCGAGAAUCUAAUUGAAAUUAAUAAGGUUAAACUUAUACAAAUACCUGGUAAAAAGAAAUCAUGGGGAAUUGGAGGAGGCAAAAUAAGUCAAAAAGAAGUGAGCAUAAGGGCAUAUAAAAUUGCUCAAAAUAAGGGAUGCAAAUGGUUCCCACUUGUAAUAAGCUUAGUAAGUAAAGUUGAACAAAAGAAUACGGCACAAAAUAUUGACUCCGUAACCGAUGAAACCGGUCUAGAAGAAUUCCUAGCCAAGGCAGAGCUUGCUGGGACAAAUUUUACAGCUGAAAAAGGAGAAUUUUGUGUACUCAACUUAGAAAAUUCGAAAGUCGUUGUAAAUACCAUAAAUGCUGCUCACUCAACGGACGAGCUGUAUGGGAAAUACGGUGAUCGAUUACGAAUUCCUCGUCGGCCACCGAAACAUACAUGGGAAACGGUGGAUGAUUUAAUACGAUUAGAAAAUAUGAAUUUUUUGGAAUGGCGUAAAAAUCUUGCUGAUUUACAAGAGGGUCAUGAUGUACUGUUAACUCCAUUUGAGAGAAACCUGGAGCUGUGGAGACAACUUUGGCGAGUCGUUGAGCGAAGUGAUAUCGUUGUUCAAAUUCUGGAUGCUCGCAAUCCGUUGCUGUUCCGGAACUUGGAUCUAGAAACAUAUGUUAAGGAGUGUGAUGUCGCGAAGCAAAAUAUAUAUUUGAUCAAUAAAGUUGAUUUAUUGUCGAAAGAGCAAAUAGGGAUGUGGAAAAGAUGGUUUUUGGAAAAUAAUGUAGAUGCUGUUUUUUGGUCAGCUUUGGAGCCAGAAGCUAGUUGUUCCAAUAACACAGUAAUAAAGGAGAAGACUGUGCAAUAUGGGAGUGAAUCAUCUAGCAGUUCAAAUGAAAGUGAAAAGAAAAUAGAGAAUGAGGAACAGAAUUUCGAGGAAUCACUUAGCAGUGUAAAAGAAGACGAUGACAGUGGCAAAUGGAAGAAUUCUGAAACGAGGGAACUAAUAUCAUUUUUCAAAUCUCGAGGUCAUAUUCGAGCAGGUGACAUGGGAAGACGUUUUCUUGUUGUUGGAAUGGUUGGUUACCCAAAUGUUGGUAAAAGUUCUACGAUAAAUAAACUGCUGAAUCAGAAAAAAGUAGCAGUAUCGGCCACGCCUGGAAAAACCCGACAUCUGCAAACAUUGGUGAUUGAUGAGGAGCUUAUUUUAUGUGAUUGUCCUGGACUUGUGAUGCCAUCAUUUGCAUUAAGCCGAAGUGAAAUGAUUUUGAAUGGAAUUCUUUCGAUCGAUUAUAUGCGAGAGUACUUAUCUCCCAUUGAAUUACUGUUGACACGUGUCCCGCGCAGAUAUUUUGAAAAAAUUUAUUCAGUGAUGCUGACUGAUGAUGAUGGUGAUGAGGAAACGUUACUUAGUGCACAUGAUCUACUUACAGCAAUUGCAUUCAUUAGAGGCUUUAUGUCAUCAUCUGGCAUAGCGGAUUGUUCGCGGGCGGCACGUUUGGUGCUGAAAGAUGUUGUGAACGGUAAAAUAAAAUGGGCUGCUGCACCACCAAAUAUGGAUCAAAAAGAGUUUGACAAGUUAACUUAUGAUGUUUUGGAUAAAGCGAAUUCAGUGAAACCGAAACCAAAUAGUUGCCUUAGGCAACAGCUUGAGAAGCGUCAUUUAUUGCAAGAUAUGAAACGUUCAGAUAGAUUGCUCGAUGAACAGUUUUUUCUUGGUUCAAAGAGUCAGGCCCAUGUUCGUUCCUUGCGUUCCACACCGGACUUUACUUCAUCGCAGGGGAAUGAAAUUCGACCGUCGAAGAAACAUUUUAAUAAAAGUAAACGCGAGAAAUUACGAAGGAUUUUUGUAUGGUCUGUGGUACAGCAGAACCACUCGAUUAGGGAGGAUUGGCGAGAUUUUAUGCAGGUGGCAGGGCUGGGGAUACGUGUCCCUAAAAUGGGGAAGAUAAUGAAACCUGGGAAAGUGGUGUUGGUAUUGGGUGGGCGUUUUGCUGGCCGGAAAGCAAUUAUUGUGAAAGCGUAUGAUGAAGGAUCAUCUGAUCGUGCAUAUAGUCAUGCGUUAAUUGCUGGCAUUGAUAAGUAUCCAUUAGUGGUUACAAAACGAAUGGGUAAGAAAAAAAUCAAAAAUAGGAGUAAAUUACGUCCAUUUGUCGGUAUUGCUAGCUAUUCCAAUUUGCUUCCAACCCGAUAUUCGGUCGAUGUAUCGUUAGAUAAGAAUUUGGUCAACAAAGACGUUUUGAAAGAGCCUGGAAAAAAACGGCGAGCACGGAUAGAAAUAAAAACGAAAUUUGAAGAACGGUACAAAACUGGCAAGAAUAGAUGGUUCUUCACUAAAUUGCGCUUUUGA